AAAUAAAAAAGAAAUAAAAAAUAAAAGAAAUAUAAAUAGAUUUUUAACAAUAUAACAAAGUCUUUCACUGUUUCAAUAAUUAAUAAAUAGGUUUGUUUUAGUAGGAAUAAUAAUAAGAAAGAGAUGUACAGUAACAGGGUUUAACAAGUAUCUCCACCUAAAUUACAAAAUACUUAAGGAUCUGAAUAGUCCUUUUAUAUGAAUAAUAGAGUUUUCUUUUGCUAGAAGCACAAUGAAUAAAUUACCAAUUUUUCAGUUUAGGAACUCAAACCAUUAUGUCCUGAAUGUGUUUCAGAGAUAUUCGCUAAUGGUAUUGACGAUCACAGUGUAGAUUCACUUAAGAAUGUCAAAAUUAACUGCUCCAAAAAGAUUAAAACUGGUGUCUAUGAAUUAAAUAGACAACUUGAAAGCAGUGAAAUUAAGUAUCUUCUUAAUCCUUAAGGUAUUAUUGACGAAGGAGUGUAAGAAAUUCAGAAAUGCAAAAAAUAGAUUAUGAGGAUUGUAGAUUUCCACUUUGAGUAGCUCUUUAUUCAAUUCAAAUCAUAAGUUUAAGAUAAUGUUUUAAAGGCAAGUGAUUUAACUUACAUAUUUGAGAAUAUCAAGCAAUCCAUUGUUGAAUUGGAUUAAUUAUCAAAUAACUUAGAAUAAGGAAACACAAUUCAAGCCAUUGUAAAAGUGUGUCAACUUGAUCUCAAGUCACUUAUUGAUAAAUUCAAGUCUGACAUACACAAAAUUGUAGAUUCAAGAGACCUUGAUCCAAUUAAGAUAAUCCAAAACAAUAAUGCUGUAAAUGAUAUAAAGCGCAUUCUGCCUUAAGUUGCUGUUAUUAACAAAAUUCAUUCUCAUUAUCAUAAUCACUCUCCUCCAAGACAGCAAUCGCCUCCAGGAGCUAAAAGCAGCUAGAAUCGCUUUUUUAAUACUUAAACUCAAUUCACUUAGCCUCCUAUUCAAUAAUUUGAUAACGGCUUCGUUCCAGCCAAUCCUAAUUUUGUUAAUAGUAACUUCACCUCAGCAGAAAAUUUAUUAAAACAGCAGCAACUUCUUUCUUAACAAAUUCAAUAGUAAUAACCUUACCAAUAAUAAGAAAAAAGGCCAUUGAGUAAUACAUAAGUUUAAAAUUAAGCAAAAUAAGAUGCACGUCCUCCUUCAAUGAAUAACUUUGCAAGCAACCCUAACCGUCCACCCUAUGCAUUAGUUAAUCCAAAUCUACCUUCCCUAUAAAUAAGAAAUAAAGACUAUUUUAACCAGAACACAAGAAAUAAACUUCUCGUUUCAAUCUAAAACUAAGUCUUAUAAGGAGUAGAUUUGAAUUUAUCAUCAACAGGAAAUUUGGCUGGAAGUUUUGAAAUACCUUUGCAAGAAGAAGUCACAGAUCAAAAUGCUGUUUUAGUUGCUUAAAAUGGAGAUAUUUAUGUGAUUGGAGGUGUUUAUAGAAAAAAGAAUUAGAUUAGUAAUGAGGUAAAAAGAAUUGUGGUUUCUCCUGAUAGGAAAAGCUGCCAAAUUGAGACAGUCGCAUAUUUGUAUGAACCAAGAUAUGCCCACUCUGCUAUUUAACUGCAAGACAGAAUAUAUGUAAUAGGAGGUUUUUCAAGUAAAAGGCUUGCUAAAAAUGAAGUUGAAACCAUCUACAUUAAAGAUAAUUAAUUUGGAGUUGACAUUUCACAAGAAUGUCUCCAUCAUAGUGCUUAUCCUUCUCUUUCAGUUUUAUAAGACUAAUAUAUUGUCAAAGUUGGUGGUAUAAAUGAACAAAACUAACUUGUUGCAACAAUAGAAAGAUACGAUUCUAUUCGUGGUGAGUGGGAAAAUAUAGAUCCUAUUUUCGAAAACAACAUAGAAUCAUUUAGCAUAUUCUUCGGUUCAGAAAGUAUUGCAAUUAAUAAUAACGAAAUCAUGAUAUUUGGAGGUAGUGAUGAGCAAAACUAAUACUCUAAGUUAAGCUAUAUUUUGAGUUUCAAAAAUAGAGAAAUCUAAAUUACAGAUAUUAUGAAAUAUCCUUUCCCUUUGAAUGUAGAUUUGAUCAAUGUCUAGCCCAUCAUCCAAGAUAAUCUUGUCUAUCUUAAAAAUCCAAUUUCUAAAAAAACAGUACUCUGCUUUAAUGGUCAAAGCUGGUAAGAAGUAGCUUGA